UUUCUAAUCUAGAAUUAGGCAUUAUUUGAAUAAUUUUCGAAAGAAAAUUGCAAAUUCUACACGUGUGGUGUAGUAUUAAUUGAUGUUGACGGAUCAUGAUAAUAAGAGGAAAGUGGGAGAAUCCCUUUAAGAUCUAAAGUAAUCUGUGGACACAUUGAUAUAAAUGAUUGCACGACCACACUUUCACUGACGCGUUAUAUCACGUCUGAACAAUCAAGGAUCGUGAACCGUUACGUUGUUAUCAAUUCUUAACAAAUACAUUUAAAUGAUAACUUCUGAUCACAAUGGAUAUCCAAAAAUUAGCUAAGGCUAAAAUGAACUUUGACCAAUCUGGUAUAGAUGCGAAAAUUAAUUCUGUGCGUUCUAAAGCAAAGGCCAUAGAACCUAAUAUGAAAACUACUUGGCUACUGAAAGCCAUAGGUUUUAUAGAUUUAACUACUUUGGGAGCUGAUGAUACACCUGCAAAAGUUGAAGCUGUAUGUGCAAAGGCAGUAAAUCCUCUUCAAUUGCAAUCUAAUUCAACUGUACAUACUGCAUCUAUAUGUGUCUACCCUCUAAGAUUUCCGGAUGUAAUGGCUGUAAUGGCAAAACUUGACAAAGAACAUAAAGUUAAUAGAGAUACUGUGGCUGGAGGGUUUCCAUCUGGGCAAUUCCCAUUAGAAACACGACUUCGUGAAGUAGAAAUAGAUGUAGAGCUAGGAGCUGAUGAGAUUGAUAUUGUUAUCAAUAGACCAUUAGUUUUGAUGCAACAAUGGAAUGAAUUAUAUGAAGAACUGAAAUCAUUUCGUGCUGCUUGUGGUAAUAAAGUAUGUUUAAAAGUAAUACUUUCCACUGGGGAGUUACAGACUUUGGAAAAUGUAUAUAAAGCAUCCAUGAUUGCAAUGAUGGCUGGAGUAGAUUUUAUUAAAACAUCUACUGGAAAGGAAGCAAUAAAUGCUACUUUGCCAGUUGGAAUAGUUAUGUGUCAGGCAAUUAGAGAUUAUUAUGCAUCAACCAAGAGAAAGGUCGGUUUCAAACCAGCAGGUGGUAUUAAGACUUCACAAGAUGCCUUGGAAUGGAUGAUGUUAGCUCAAAUGGAACUAGGAGAUGAAUGGUUAACUAAAGAUUUAUUUAGAAUUGGUGCAUCUUCUUUAUUGGAUGAUAUUGUUGGAGUACUACGUUCAAAUUAAUGUUCUUAUGAACGCGGAAUGUUUGUUAUCGUUUUAUUAAAACUAUGUAUCUAAUCACUCUACAUUAGCAUUCGAAUUUGAUAUCAUUUAUAUAUAAUAUUCAAUAAAAUACUCAUAUAUUA